GGCUGCCAGCUCUGGGAGUGCGUUCUGGAAAAGCGGUCCGAGACAGACAAGUUCGGCUUUUCCCACUGCAGCGGGAAGAAGGAGUACUUCAAGGCACUGGGCGUGUCGGAAAAUGCAACAGAUGUGGCGGGCCCCGAGGUUCUCUUCAUUCGCAAAGUUGGCGGCGAAGGAUUGCUCUUUUCAUGGAACGAGGCGCACCCAGAUGCCGUCAUCCAGCCAGGCGACCGGAUCAGCAAAGUCAACGGGCAGACAUCUGUAGAUUCCAUGGCUCAGGAGCUGCGAUCGAGCAAGGUUUGCAUCGAGGUGAUGCGAUACCCAGAGGAGUUCGAGGUGUCUCUUUCCAAGAAAGCAGAUACCAACAAGAAGUUAG